GUUUCCUGCAAGGAUUGAUUACAAAUGAUAUGAAGCAUUUUGAAGAAGGAGCAGCUAAUUUAUAUGCAUUAUUUUUAAAUAUUAAGGGAUGGAAUCCGUCGCUAGUACAUCUGCAGAUGAUCGUCGUACUAGUGAAUAUGACCUGAGUAUAACUUCUGCGGUUCAAGGAUCAAAACAAACUACGGUGGGAAUAUUUACAUGUUCUUAUUGUGCAUUACAAGAACGUUAUGAUUUCAAAGGCACUAAACCCCCGUUUGCACGCCAGUUGACUUACUUGGAAGAGUGCUACCUUAUGAAAGAUCCCUUUAGUUUACCAAACAAAGGCGAAGUUUUAGUGCUAGGUGCUGAUUGUAAUUUUUGUACAAAGCCUGUAUGUUUAGGAUGUAGUAUAUAUUUUGGAAAACGAUUUUGUUUGGAAUGCGCAUCAAAUAAUAUGCAUAAUUUACCAACACAAUUACAAACAAAAAUAAAAAGUUUAAUAAAGAACGUGAACUCAUAAAAAUAGUAUUU